UCCGGGUUCUAGCAUUCUGGUCGGAAUCCACCUCUCCGCCUGUGCAACACACACUUUACACACGCACGGGGACUGCAAGCGGGCAGCAUCGAUCGUGGCUCCUUUAAGACAAACUCAGACAGACAUUUUUUUUAACCCUCCUCCUCUAAUCUCCCUCCAGUGCAGCAGUUGCAAAGAGGGAGAGAGAGAGAAAGAGAAAGAGCGAGCGAGAGAAGAGAGAAACUGAUUAGGAAUUAGGACUGAUUCAAGGGAAGCGAGCGCUAGGGCUUUGUGCAUUUGAAUAUUAACAUUUGAGGUGUUCUGACCAGAAGAAGACAGAGCGGAUGAUCAUUCAUUCACCACGUUGACAACCUCGCCUGUGAUUGACAGCCGGAGUGGCAGAAAGCCAUGAGAUUUGGUAGUUGGGUCUGAGGGGCGCUCUUUUUUUUUUUUAAACUGAUUUUUUGGGGGAGAGAAGAUCUGCUUUUUUUUUUUUUUUUGCCCCCGCUGCUGUCUUGGAAACGGAGCGCUUUUAUGCUCAGUGACUCGGGCGCUUUGCUUCAGGUCCCGUAGACCGAAGAUCUGGGACCAGUAGCUCACGUUGCUGGAGACGUUAAGGGAUUUUUCGUCGUGCUUUAAAAAUUUUUUUUUUUCCGGGGGAGUUUGCUUAUUUGUUUCUUUUCACACUGGCCUUAAAGAGGAUAUAUUAGAAGUUGAAGUAGGAAGGGAGCCAGGGAGGCCGAUGGCGCAAAGGUACGACGAUCUACCCCAUUAUGGGGGCAUGGAUGGAGUAGGCAUCCCCUCCACGAUGUAUGGGGACCCUCAUGCGGCCAGGUCCAUGCAGCCGGUCCACCACCUGAACCACGGGCCUCCUCUGCACUCGCAUCAGUACCCGCACACAGCUCACACCAACGCCAUGGCCCCCAGCAUGGGUUCCUCCGUCAAUGACGCUUUAAAGAGAGAUAAAGAUGCCAUUUAUGGACACCCCCUCUUCCCUCUCUUAGCACUGAUUUUUGAGAAAUGUGAAUUAGCUACUUGUACCCCCCGCGAGCCGGGGGUGGCGGGCGGGGACGUCUGCUCGUCAGAGUCAUUCAAUGAAGAUAUAGCCGUGUUCGCCAAACAGAUUCGCGCAGAAAAACCUCUAUUUUCUUCUAAUCCAGAACUGGAUAACUUGAUGAUUCAAGCCAUACAAGUAUUAAGGUUUCAUCUGUUGGAAUUAGAGAAGGUACACGAAUUAUGUGACAAUUUCUGCCACCGGUAUAUUAGCUGUUUGAAAGGGAAAAUGCCUAUCGAUUUGGUGAUAGACGAUAGAGAAGGAGGAUCAAAAUCAGACAGUGAAGAUAUAACAAGAUCAGCAAAUCUAACGGACCAGCCCUCUUGGAACAGAGAUCACGAUGACACGGCGUCGACUCGUUCGGGAGGAACCCCAGGCCCUUCCAGCGGUGGCCACACAUCACACAGUGGGGAUAACAGCAGUGAGCAAGGUGAUGGCUUGGACAACAGUGUAGCUUCCCCCAGCACAGGUGACGAUGAUGAUCCAGAUAAGGACAAAAAGCGUCACAAAAAGCGUGGCAUCUUUCCCAAAGUAGCCACAAAUAUCAUGAGGGCGUGGCUGUUCCAGCAUCUAACACACCCUUACCCUUCUGAAGAACAGAAAAAGCAGUUGGCACAAGACACGGGACUCACCAUCCUACAAGUGAACAAUUGGUUUAUUAAUGCCCGGAGAAGAAUAGUGCAGCCCAUGAUAGACCAGUCCAACCGAGCAGUAAGUCAAGGAACACCUUAUAACCCCGAUGGACAGCCAAUGGGAGGUUUUGUCAUGGACGGUCAGCAACACAUGGGAAUCAGGGCACCAGGGCUGCAAAGUAUGCCAGGGGAGUAUGUAGCUCGGGGUGGUCCAAUGGGUGUGAGUAUGGGACAGCCAAGUUAUACCCAACCCCAGAUGCCCCCCCAUCCUGCUCAGCUGCGUCAUGGGCCCCCCAUGCAUACGUACAUUCCUGGACACCCUCACCACCCAACAGUGAUGAUGCAUGGAGGACCGCCCCACCCUGGAAUGCCAAUGUCAGCAUCAAGCCCCACGGUUCUUAAUACAGGAGACCCAACAAUGAGUGGACAAGUCAUGGACAUUCAUGCUCAGUAGCUUAAGGGAAUAUGCAUUGUCUGCAAUGGUGACUGAUUUCAAAUCAUGUUUUUUCUGCAAUGACUGUGGAGUUCCAUUCUUGGCAUCUACUUUGGACCAAGGAGCAUCCCUAAUUCUUCAUAGGGACUCUUAAAAAGCAGGAAAUACCAACUGAAGUCAAUUUGGGGGACAUGCUAAAUAACUAUAUAAGACAUUAAGAGAACAAAGAGUGAAAUAUUGUAAAUGCUAUUAUACUGUUAUCCAUAUUACGUUGUUUCUUAUAGAUUUUUUAAAAAAAAUGUGAAAUUUUUCCACACUAUGUGUGUUGUUUCCAUAGCUCUUCACUUCCUCCAGAAGCCUCCUUACAUUAAAAAGCCUUACAGUUAUCCUGCAAGGGACAGGAAGGUCUGAUUUGCAGGAUUUUUAGAGCAUUAAAAUAACUAUCAGGCAGAAGAAUCUUUCUUCUCGCCUAGGAUUUCAGCCAUGCGCGCUCUCUCUCUUUCUCUCUCUCUCUCUUUUUCCUCUCUCUCCCUCUCUCUCUAGCCUGGGGCUUGAAUUUGCAUGUCUAAUUCAUUUACUCACCAUAUUUGAAUUGGCCUGAACAGAUGUAAAUCGGGAAGGAUGGGAAAAACUGCAGUCAUCAACAAUGAUUAAUCAGCUGUUGCAGGCAGUGUCUUAAGGAGACUGGUAGGAGGAGGCAUGGAAACCAAAAGGCCGUGUGUUUAGAAGCCUAAUUGUCACAUCAAGCAUCAUUGUCCCCAUGCAACAACCACCACCUUAUACAUCACUUCCUGUUUUAUGCAGCUCAAAAACAUAGACUGAAGAUUUAUUUUUAAUAUGUUGACUUUAUUUCUGAGCAAAGCAUCGGUCAUGUGUGUAUUUUUCCAUAGUCCCACCUUGGAGCAUUUAUGUAGACAUUGUAAAUAAAUUUUGUGCAAAAAGGACUGGAAAAAUGAACUGUAUUAUUGCAAUUUUUUUUGUAAAAGUAGCAGUUUGGUAUGAGUUGGCAUGCAUACAAGAUUUACUAAGUGGGAUAAGCUAAUUAUACUUUUUGUUGUGGAUAAACAAAUGCUUGUUGAUAGCCUUUUUCUAUCAAGAAACCAAGGAGCUAAUUAUUAAUAACAAUCAUUGCACACUGAGUCUUAGCGUUUCUGACGGAAACAGUUUGGAUUGUAUAAUAACGCCAAGCCCAGUUGUAGUAACGUUUGAGUGCAGUAAUGAAAUCUGAAUCUAAAAUAAAAACAAGAUUAUUUU